GUAUUUAGAACUUUAGAAGUAGGUAGGUGUGAACGAACGUUUAUAAUCAGCUAUCAAUCCAAAUCUGAGGCAGUAUUAGCAGAGGUCUCUUUCAAGUAAGAGUUGGGUGCUAGUGCUUACAUCAUUGGAGGAUAUCACGAGGACCAUCAGAAAGUUUAGACCAUGGACGUCUUUGAAAAAAUUGAAAAUUUCCAGGGAUUCUUGGAAAAUGCUACGGAUACCUCACAAAAAAUGAUAGUCAAAGAAGAUGAAUACGUGAACUCUCUACUGUUGAUGGGUAAUCCUGUAGCGAUAGUUGUGGUGGUUGGCGCUUACCUUAUCUUCGUGCUAAGAGUGGGUCCCCAACUGAUGGCCAAUCGCAAACCAAUGGACCUCACCUACACCAUGAUUGCAUACAACCUUCUGCAAGUCGUGCUCAACACCUAUCUUGUCUUAAAACUGAUCAGGCACAAGACUGCAAUGGAUUAUUUAUUCAAUCAUACCUGUCAGCCUCUGGAGAAGCAAAGCAACCCUCUCAGAUUGGAGAUGUGUAGCGCAUAUUGGCAAUACUUGGCGAUGAAAAUUCUGGAUUUGGCCGACACGAUAUUCAUCGUACUGAGGAAAAAACAGGGAAAUGCUUCGUUUCUACAUAUCUAUCAUCAUGCAUCUAUGGUAUUCCUCACUUGGUUCUGGUUUAAAUACAUGAGAGAGGAGCAGUUUGUGGUAUUGGGUGCAUUGAAUUUGCUAGUUCAUUCGUUUAUGUAUUCCUACUACUUGGCAUCUUCAUUUGGGCCGAAAGUGAAGGCAUUCCUCUGGUGGAAGAGAUAUGUAACCUGGAUUCAAAUGGUUCAAUUCUGCCUGGGGAUCGGCUACUUAAUUCUGCUAGUAGUGAGGGGAUGCCGUAUUGCCUGUGGAUCUGCACUCUUCUGGGCCACAAAUCUUCUAUUUUUUCUCGUAUUAUUCUCAAACUUCUACCUCAACACUUACAAAAAAAACAAACGGAAAACCAUUUGAUCUCCUACUAAUCAAAUAAAAAGAAGAAGGAGAUGGAGAAGAAAAAAAGAAGUGGGAAGAAGAAGAAGAAGAAGAAGAAGAGAAGAAGAAGAAGAAGAAGAAGAAGAAGAAGAAGAAGAAGAAUAAGGAAAUAGGAAGGAGGGGAAGGAAAGGAAGAAGAAGACGAAGGGUAUGAAGAAGGUGAUGAGAAAAGAGACGAAGAACAUUCAUACAAUGUUGGAAUUAUUGUAAUUAUUUUUUAUUUACUAGAAUUGUAUCGUAUAUAGGUCUAAUGAUAUAAUUAUUAUUUUAAUAUUAAUAUAGUGAAGCUUCUCGUAAUAAUGCCAGUAUGUGAUUAACAUUGGUGUUGCUAUCCUUGUCUAUCAUUCGACAUAGCAGAUAGCGCUAUCCUUUUCUAGCUCCACAACGAUGCCAGAUCGUUUCUCAACAAAAAAUUCAAUAUCAAUUGGAAAAUUUAUUAUUCAAUAAUUGAAAAUGUAUUUUUUUUAGGAAUGAAAGGAUCUGCGCUGUUUUGAUCCACGAAUCUCCUAUUUUUCCUUGUCUUGUUCUUAAAUUUCUACCUCAAACUUUGUGAUUUGAAUAAUUAAUCGAAUAGAAUAAUGAAAUCUACAAACGUUAUCUUCAUAUUAUAUAGUGAAUUUCACCUUAUAAUGACAGUGGAAGUUUAUAUACUAUACAGAGUUUCACAAAAUGUGUAUCAGCCGAAGAUUAUAGAUUCUGAAGAGCAUAGAACCUGUAUCUCACUAUAGAUCAUGUUUUGCAAUGAAUAGGUUAGAGUAAGAAUUGAUGAGCUUUAUUAAUUUUGUAAUCUACUACCUAUCUUAUAUUCUGGUGUGUAUUUUAUUUUCAAAUAUGCUAUUACUUCUCUCAUAAUUAUUAUUAUCAUGAAUACUGCAUAGAAUUGUAAGUUCGUUUUCUUCCGUUAUGACUGUAAUCUUGUCAUAUGUAUUAGUAUUUUAUGCUAUGUCAAUUGUAUACUAUUAUUGAGAAUAAAAUUCAAUUCGUUUUCUAUGGAACUGGGCUGUUA